AUGAACCCCAUGAAAUCCACCCUCCCCCCUGUAACUCCCAGUGAUGGUUCAUUCACCUAUGAGUCUGUGCCUUGGCAGCAAAGUGCCAGCCAGCCCACAGGGUCGCUGUCUGUGGUGACAACUGUGUGGGGAGUUACCAAUACGUCCCAGAGUCAGGUCUUGGGAAGCGCUAUGGGCCCUGGAGGGAACCCUUCCAGCAGCUCCGUGAUGCCUGGCAUGGCAGGCGGCAGCUCUGCGCUCAACUCACCGCAGUUCCUUGGGCAGCAAGCAUUUGCAGAGGGUGGCGCCAACAAGGGCUACGUGCAGCCAGGGCUAUAUGGCCGUGGGGGCUACCCCGGAGGGUCGGGCUUCACCACUGGGUAUGCGGGUGGCCCGAGUGGCCCCGGGGCCCUGGGCCUCCCUUCCCAUGUAACUCGACCCUCCACCGACUUCACUCAGGCCGCCGCCGCUGCUGCUGUAGCUGCCGCGGCAGCCACCGCCACAGCCACGGCCACAGCCACAGUGGCUGCCCUCCAGGAGAAGCAGACCCAAGAACUAAGCCAGUAUGGAGCGAUGGGGGCUGGACAGUCUUUUAACAACCAGUUUCUGCAGCACGGUGGUCCCCGAGGGCCCAGUGUGCCCCCCGGCAUGAGCCCUCCCAGCAUGGGGGGGGUGAUGGGCCCCUCCGGCCUCUCCCACCUGGGCUUGAAUCAGAGCCGAGCAGUGGGGGUGACAGCCCUGUAUGGAGGGCAGCGCCUGCCCCAGCACACACACCCCGGGCCUUCCCAGGCCCAGCCGCUGCCCCGACAUGGGGUCAAAAGAGUCUACUCUAGCGAGGUAUAUCCAGGGCAGCAGUAUCUGCAAGGAGGACAGUAUGCACCCAGCACUGCCCAGUUUGCUCCCAGCCCUGGGCAGCACCCUACACCGUCUCCCUCUUAUCCUGGGCACAGGAUGCCCUUGCAGCAGGCCAUGGGGCAGUACUUAUCUGGCCCUGGUCCCACGGCACUGCACUACAAGUCCACAGACCAGUUCAAUGGACAGAACACCGGCUUCAAUGGGGGGAGCUACAGCUACAGCCAGGCAAGCUGGAUGAGCGGUUAAUGGGGGUCUGGUCCUACAAGGUCCAUAACUGGCUAUCCCAGCUCCCCAUUGCCGGGGAACCCCACACCUCCCAUUACCCCCAGCAGCACUGUCCCCUACAUGUCUCCAAGCCAGGAUGUUAAGUCUCCCUACCUGCCUGACCUCAAGCCUAAUGUGAGCUCCUUACACUCUUCCCCUUCUGGAAAUGGUCCCUGUGAUGAGCUGCGAUUGACCUUCCCAGUACGAGACGGGGUGGUCCUGGAGCCCUUUCGUCUGCAGCACAACCUGGCUGUAAGCAACCAUGUCUUCCAGCUGCGUGACUCCGUCUGUAAAACCCUGAUGCUGAGGCCUGACCUUGAGCUACAGUUCAAGUGCUACCACCACGAGGACCGGCAGAUGAAUACCAACUGGCCUGCCUCUGUGCAGGUCAGCGUCAAUGCCACGCCACUCAAUAUUGAGCGUGGAGACAACAAGACUUCCCAUAAGCCCCUCUACCUGAAGCAUGUCUGCCAGCCAGGCCGAAAUACCAUCCAGAUCACCGUCACGGCCUGCUGCUGUUCCCACCUGUUCGUGCUGCAGCUGGUGCACCGCCCAUCGGUCCGCUCUGUGCUGCAGGGCCUCAUCAAGAAGCGCCUCCUACCAGCCGAGCACUGCGUCACUAAGAUAAAGCGCAACUUUAGCAGUGGCACCAUCCCAGGCACCCCAGGGCCCAACGGAGAAGAUGGAGUGGAGCAGACAGCCAUCAAAGUGUCCCUGAAGUGCCCCAUUACCUUCCGCAGGAUCCAGCUGCCUGCCCGUGGGCAUGACUGUAGGCACAUACAGUGUUUCGACCUGGAAUCGUACCUACAGCUCAACUGUGAGCGGGGCACGUGGAGGUGUCCUGUCUGCAAUAAGACAGCACUGCUGGAGGGCCUGGAGGUUGACCAGUACAUGCUGGGGAUCCUUAUCUACAUCCAGAACUCUGACUAUGAAGAGAUCACCAUCGACCCUGCCUGCAGCUGGAAGCCAGUGCCCGUGAAGCCAGACCUGCACCUGAAGGAGGAGCCUGACGGGCCAGCGCUGAAGCGUUGUCGGACUGUGAGCCCUGCCCAUGUGCUCAUGCCCAGCGUCAUGGAGAUGAUCGCUGCACUGGGCCCCAGUGCUGCCCCUUGUGGGCCCCUGCAGCCUGCCUCAGGCCCUGUGCCCAGUGACUAUCCCAGCCAGGGUUCCAGCUUCCUGGGACCUGGGAGUUUUCCUGACUCCUUCCCACCCACCACACCAAGCAGCACCCCAACUCUUCCUGAGUUCACCCCAGGACCACAGCCCAUCUCCUACCAGUCUGACAUUCCCAGCCUCCUGACUCCAGAGAAGUCUGCCUCCUGCCUCCCAGGCCAGAUGGCUUCAACAGGCCACCUGGACCUGGCACACAGCUCUGGGCCACAGGGGCUGCACAAUCCCAACCUUGGGGCACCCCCCCGGCCACAGCUGCACCCUCAGAACCCUCCCCCCCCAUCUCGGCCACCUUUGGGCCAGGCAAGCACAGGGCCUGGAAAUGAGCUGGCCUUUAACCCCAGCACCAGUGUGUUGGGGCCCACCAGCAUGUCUGCAGCCGGAGAAGGCCCAGAGCCAGCUCUGGAUCUGCUCCCAGAACUGACCAAUCCUGAUGAGCUGCUGUCGUACCUGGGCCCACCCGGUCUGCCCACAAACAGCAAUGAUGACCUCCUGUCUCUCUUUGAGAAUAAUUGA